AUGGGGUGCGUGUUCUCGUGCCGCUCCGGCGCCGCCUUCGAGGGGGUGAGGCUGGUGCACAUCAACGGGUACGUGGAGGAGUUCCCGGGGCCGGUGACCGUCGACGAGGUCACCGGAAAAGCCCCCAAGCUGUUGUGCUUCACGCCGGCGCAGCUGCUCUCCUUCAGCGUCCGCCCUCUCCCCGACGACGAGCGCCUGCUUCCCGGCCGCCUGUACUUCCUCCUCCCCCCCACCGUCCUCCAGUCAGACACCUCCCCAGUUGACCUCGCCGCUCUCGCCACCCGCUUGUCGGCGCACGCUCGGAGCGGCGGCGACGCAGCCGCGGGCGGCGCCGCCAGGUCCAGGGCGAAGAGCGGCCUUCUUCACUCCGACGAGGUCGGCGCUGCGCCGGCGGCCGGAAUGAUGGCGGAGGGCGGCGGCGAGGAUACGCGGGGCGGCGGCGCCGUCGGGGGCAUCGGCGGGCGGAUGACCGCCUCGCGGGCGCGGUGGUGGAAGCCGGUGCUGGACACGAUCGAGGAGAAGUCGUUCCGCCGGUCGCUGAUCGACGAGAUGUCGGUGGGUAGGUCGUCGGGAGGGGAGAGGUCGCCGCUGAGCAGGGCGGCGGCGGAGGACGCGAGCAACCGGAGUAGGGCGGCGGCGGAGGACGCGAGCAACCGGAGUAGGGCGGCGGCGGAGGACGCGAGCAACCGGAGUAGGGCGGCGGCGGAGGACGCGAGCAACCGGAGCAGGGCGGCGGCGGAGGACGCGAGCAACGGGAGCAGGGCGGCGGCGGAGGACGUGAGCAACGGGGGCAGUGGGACGUAG